UGUUCCACCCUAACUCGGUUCUCCCUGUCUCAGAACAUCCUGAUGGGAAUGAUGGAGUCCGUGUCGCGGAUCACGUCCUGAAAACUUCCCCCGAUCACCUUUGAUCCGCUUCCCACCUCAACAGCACCAUGUUGGCCAGGAAGGGCCUCCUGCCGGACGGGUUCCUGCUGACCCGGCUGGCCGAGGACCAGAACCAGCCGAACCGGAGCCGCACCAAGUCCCUGCGAGCUCGCUUCAUCACCAAAACUGGAUCCUGCAACGUGGCUCACAAGAACAUCAGGGAGCAGGGUCGCUUCCUGCAGGACGUCUUCACCACCAUGGUGGACCUGAAGUGGCAGCACUCCUUCCUCAUCUUCACCUCGGCCUUCCUCUGCUCCUGGAUGCUCUUCGCGAUGAUCUGGUGGCUCCUGGCCUUCGCUCAUGGAGACCUGGAGCCCCGUGACCCAGACGACGACACGGGUCCAGUGCCCUGCGUCACCGCCAUCCACUCCUUCACUUCAGCCUUCCUCUUCUCCAUCGAAGUCCAGGUGACCAUCGGAUUCGGCGGCAGGAUGGUGACGGAGGAGUGUCCCGUCGCCAUCAUCAUGCUGAUCAUCCAGAACAUUCUGGGGCUGAUCAUUAACGCCGUGAUGCUCGGCUGCGUCUUCAUGAAGACGGCGCAGGCCAACCGGAGGGCGGAGACGCUCAUCUUCUCCAGGAACGCCGUCAUCGCCACUCGAAACGGCCGACCCACCUUCAUGUUCCGAGUCGGAGACCUGAGGAAGAGUAUGAUCAUCUCCGCCACCGUGCAGCUGCAGGUGAUCCGACGCACCGUGACGACUGAGGGGGAGGUGAUCCCGGUGUGCCAGCUGGACAUCCAGGUGGAGAACCCUCUGAGGAGCAACGGCAUCUUCCUGGUUUCUCCUCUGAUCAUCAGCCACACCAUCGAGAGAGGGAGUCCGCUGUACGACCUGUCCGCCCAGUCCCUGGCCGCAGAAGACCUGGAGAUCAUCGUCAUCCUGGAAGGUGUGGUGGAGACGACGGGCAUCACCAUGCAGGCUCGCACCUCCUACACCCCCGAGGAGAUCCUGUGGGGGCGGCGGUUCGUCUCCAUCAUCACCGAGGAAGACGGCCGCUACUGCGUGGACUACUCCAAGUUCGGAAACACGGUGCCAGUCCGGAUGUCGUCGCUCAGCGCCAAGGAGCUGGACCAGACCCGGGGCGUCCAUGAGGGGACGUCCGAGACUCACCUGCAGGGCUGGGGGCUGGUCAGAGCCGGCAGGGGGGGUUUCCGCAGAGGAGGGCGCGCCUGCGACGGCUCCGCCCCCCAGCCGUGGUACGCCCAAUCAGAGAAGCAGGAGAAAGACACGGAGCAGAAGGGGCUGAAGAAGAAAGUGCAGCUGGAGGUGAUUGGACGGCAGGUUGAGGAGGAGGGACCCGGAGACCUGAGCGACUGAACGAACAGAACUUAUUCCUGAUUCAGUGUGUUCGUACUCAAAUGUGUCUUUAAAUUUAGAUUCAUUCCAGCUGUUCAAAGUUCAAACAUCCUCUGAGACCCACAAGGACCAAAGAGAAAUAAAAAAAUAAGACAGAGAGCGCCAGGUACUGAGAAGGUCCAAAGAGAUGAAACCAGACUUCAUCUGUGAAUCUUCACUGGUAGUCAGAACAGACUCUAUCCUGCUUCUGAUUUCGCUCUUUAAAGGGGGCCUAUUAUACAAAAUUCACAUUUUUAUUUUUCAAUUUGGGUUUCUCCUGCUUCUAGAAACAGCCCAACUGGUUUUUUUGUUGGUUUUUUUAAACCCAUCCAAAUGGAUGUUUUUAAAAAAAACAAAAUUUUCAAGCAAAGUUAGUGGGUAUUUUGCUUGGAAAAUGAGCCAUUUCAAAAACCUUAGAUUAAGUCACAUCCCACAGGCACUGUGGGUUACCUAGCAACCCAGUACCACCUGUUACCUAGCAACCUAAGCAGUCCAUUUGGUCAGAUGACUUUAACUCUGUAUGCGCUGUACAAUGGCUGCUGGAAAAGACAAGUAUAUGUUUCUUGACUUACCAUCCAGAAACCACUUGCACCAUUCUUGUUGGUUGUACAGGAGGCUCCGCUUCUGCUUUUCAAAGCAGAACACCCAGGUUGUAUAAAUGCACAUCUGUUUGCAGCCAUUUUCAUGUGCAUGUGUAAACAUUGAGUUAGGGGGUGUGGCCAGCAGCAGCCUAUUUGGAUUUUAAGUAACAGGAGGCCAAACAGUUCAAAAUAGGCAGAACUGAACUGACCAGACUAAAAUCUAAUUAAGAAUCAUUUUGUUCAAACAAUUAAAUUAACGUAUUUUGUAUAGCCCAUAAACUUAUCCCAACCUGUUCAAGGAAGCAUAAAAGGUCACCUGUUUUAUUGUUGAUUUGUCAUGUUUUUGUGGUGCUUUUUUCUUGUUUCUGUAAAUUAUUGAUGAUUUUCACAUAUCCAGAUUAUUUACUGAAUACAUAAAGAAUAUUCAGAGGACUGCUCUGGAUAUUUUACCUCUCAGUAGAUGGAAAAUAAUCUUUAUUGUUCUUGUUAUUUA